AUGGAUUCACACGCAUCACUCAACCAAACCAACAGCAGUGUGCCUCAUACCUGUACGGAGAACACCUUGGUGGAGGAGCACAUGUACCCGACUGCAUAUUCUCUCUUUUUCAUUGUGGGUUUUCCAGCGAACUGCCUGUCUCUCUAUGUGGCCCUGGUGCUGAUGAGGAAAGGGAACAACCUGGCAGUGUACCUGGUCAGCCUGUCCAUUUCUGACCUGCUGUACACCAUCACCCUGCCUGUGUGGAUCGAGUUGGCUCUGAGUCGCCCUGUUGGGGGCGCUCUCUGCAGUUUAGUGGCUGUCAUUAUGAACAACAGCUUCUAUGUCGGCUCCGGCCUCCUUUGCUGCAUCUCGGUCGAUCGCUAUCUAGCACUGGUCUACCCUCUCUACUUCCACAGGGUUCGAGAAGUGCGGACUUCAGUGAUUGUGAGUAUUGUGGUGUGGUGUGUGGAAAUAAUCAUCCACAUUAUCUUACUUGGCCACACAGGGGCGCUGCGAGCUUUCUCCUCAAGAUACCUGUGUGAUGAGAGAAUGCCCAUGACCCAGGCAGACGCCAACCUGGCUCUUACACGGUUCACCCUGGGCUUCUUGCUCCCGGUAUUCAUCAUGAUCUUCUGCUUCCAGCAGAUCAUGCAAUCACUCAGAGAGAGCACCUCCAUCCUGGCUGUGGAGCGCAGGAAAGUGGGACAGCUGCUGAUGCUGCUCCUUGUCACCUACAUGGUGGCCUUUGUGCCGUACCAGACUGUCAUGCUGCUCAGGGCUGUGCUGGAGCCGUCGGGCAGCUGCACCUGGGCCAAGAGGCUCAGAGCUCCAUACCUGGUUACAGUGGCUACCACCACACUCAACAGUAUGCUGGACCCCAUCAUAUACUGUUUAAUCAGCGAGAGCGCUCAGGCAGAGAUGAGGAAAGCUCUGGAGAAAGGCAGAGGUGUUUUCAGGAAGAGAACCUCUCCAAGCAACUCUGUUGUAGUUAAAACAAUUUCUUAA